AUGAGUGCAUGGGCUUCUCGCCAAUAUAUUGACGGUGUUUACAUUCCUGCUGGCCUGCUGAUUGCUGGAACUGCAAUCAUGAAGCUUGAAUGGGUUAUUUACGCCGUGGCGCUGGCCGUGGUUCUCGGAGCUUACAAGAUCUUUAGCAACAGACAGCGGAAGGUCCUGAAACCCAACGAGUUCCAGAAAUUUGUACUCAAGGAGAAGACAAUUGUUUCCCACAACGUUGCCAUUUACCGAUUUGCCCUCCCUCGUCCCACAGACAUCCUCGGGUUACCAAUUGGUCAGCAUAUCUCUCUUGCAGCUCUUGUAGAGGGCCAGACUAAGGAGAUCGUUCGCUCCUACACCCCUAUCUCCUCUGACGACAAUGCCGGAUACUUCGACCUUCUCAUCAAGUCAUAUCCUCAGGGGAACAUCUCCAAGCACAUGACUACCCUGAAAAUCGGAGACACGAUGAAAGUCCGUGGACCAAAGGGUGCCAUGGUCUAUACUCCUAACAUGGCCCGACAUAUUGGAAUGAUUGCCGGAGGUACCGGUAUUACACCAAUGCUUCAGGUUAUCAAGGCAAUCGUCAAGGGCAGACCAAGCAACGGAGGAAACGACACCACGCAGGUUGACCUUAUUUUUGCAAACGUAAAUGUGGAGGAUAUUCUUUUGAAGGAAGAGCUUGAUGAACUUGCCAAAACUGACAAGGCUUUCCGUGUUCACUACGUUUUGAACAAUCCUCCGGAAAUGUGGCAAGGCGGUGUCGGCUUUGUUACCCCAAGCAUGAUCAAGGCCCAUCUUCCUGCGCCAGCGGACGAUAUCAAAAUCAUGAUCUGUGGCCCGCCCCCUAUGGUUAGCGCCAUGAAGAAGGCCACAGAGUCUUUGGGUUACAAAAAGGCCAACCUCGUCAGCAAACUCGAGGACCAAGUUUUCUGCUUCUAA